AUGAGUGUCCCACGCGCACGGGUAGUAGACCUUAUGAAGGCACAAUGCAAAGUCUUUGCGACAACAUUUAACCCCGAAGGAACGCGAUUGGGCAACAAAGUCCUGCGACAACGCCUCCGGGGACCUGCUAUGGCUGCCUAUUACCCUCGAAAGAUUGUCACGAUCAAGGACGUUAAGGCUGAAUUCGGUCCAGAGUUGGAUACGUGGGAUCCCGACGAGGAGGCCCGCUUCGAGUACAUUGAAGAACUCAAGGCUCGUGGAAAGAGUAAUCCGAAGAAAAAGUCGACACCGCCUGCUGCUACCACCAAGGGCAAGAAGAAAUAA